CCUGUCCCGCUGCCUGCAGCUCUGAGCCCAGUCUUCAGCUAUGGGGACCCCCCAGAUCAGGCCAUUAGCCUCCUGGUGGCCAUCUGCCACAAGUACUCCGGCCAUGAGGGUGUCAAGAACACCCUGAGCACGAAGGAGCUGAAAGAGCUUGUCCAGAAGGAGCUCAGCCUUGGGGAAAAGAUGCAGGAUGCGGAAAUCGCAGAGCUAAUGGACGAACUGGACCAGAACAAGGACCAGGUGGUGAACUUCCAAGAAUAUGUCACCUCUGGGGCCUUGGCUAUGAUCUACAAUGAACUUCUCCAGGACUGAAAAUAAAUUGGGAGGUGGAGACGCCCUCUAUUUGGUCUGCCUGUCUAAUGGUGGUAAUUGUACAAUAAAUUUAUUAUUAUCUUUUGGUUAAAUCUA